UGCCAGCAGCUGUAAGAUUUGAAAUGUCUGAAGCAGGAAAGGCCUUUUUCUCAAACCGCCAUUUAAUCCCAUUUCUGGUGGUCCUGAUGUCAUGCUAUCAGUGCUGUUGGUGUAGGCCUGCCCUUGUGGCUCUUUCAGUUAUCGGGAAGCCAACAUCACAAAGCACAAGAGAAACUUCAGGUUCAGCUGUUGACGGCAGUCUGUCGACUUUCCAACAUUCCGACCCUUCUAGGGAUCCUCAUCCAUGGUGGAAAUUGGACUUGGAGGAUGCGCACUGUAUAGGAAACAUCAUUGUGUCGAAUCGAAUUGGUUGCUGUGACGGUGAUCGUUUCAUCGGUGCAGUGGUUCGAGCAGGCCUAAGCUCAAACUACGCCGACAAUCGACCGUGUGGAUUACCGGCCACAACUGCCCAAGCCGUGCCUGGGUCUGUAAAUAACUUCCUCUGUGACUCACCCCGGUUUGCUAGAUACAUCACUGUUGACAUCAAUUGCUCUCGUCCAGGAGUUACAAAUCCAAUUCUGCAGAUGGCUGAGGUAGAAGUGGAGGAGUACCCCACUGCAGAAUGUGAAUUCGCCCACACUUCAGCGUACUUCAGGGGACUGUACGAGCACAGUUUGAUCCUAAGUCCCGCUCCAAUAUCGAGAGAAACGACCGUAAUCCUUACACAGUGUUCUCUGUAUUGCAUCAACCACGCCCAGUGUCUGUCCUUCGCUUUCUCGCCGAGAAGUAGUCAGUGUCACAUGUACAACCUGAACUCAUCAUCAAUAAUGCCCACUGCCAACGGUGACUUUAUCAUAUAUGUCACUGAGUAGUCAACGUCACCGCCAAUUGUCACUAAGUGAUUCAUACUUAUCGGCAAAUGAUGAAUUUUUUGUCGUCAAUAUUUUUAAGCAUAAAUGGCUUUAUUAUGAGCACAUUGGGAAAUUUACUUGUCAAUUCGCGAAGGAAGACUUUAUAGGUAUGUUAGCUAGCUAGACAUACAAUGGAUGUACAUAUGAAAAGCCAAAGUUACAAUGGAUUGGCAGACAUUGAUUAGGAAGUGAUAUGUGUUUAAUGAAUUGAAAAUGAUUGCAAGUUCCAAGAAGGAAAUACUCAAUUUGGAAUAGGCUUCGGAAACGUAAUGUAUGUGGAGCAAUGUGAUAUUAAAUCUUUGCUAUGUUUUUCUCUUGUCCUUAGCUAAGCAUGCUCGAAGAAGAAACACCCGUAGAAAUAAAUUUGUAAAUAAAACUUCGAUCAGUCACGUGUAGUUUGGAAUGACAAAAAUUAGGUGGGCGUGUGGAAAUUUGGUACACUGAUGCUGUGAUAACGUGAGUGCUUGGAUAUUCAUAGUGUCAAACAACUGCCUGUGCGAAAAAUGCAAUCGUCCAUCGUGUUCGUCUUUUUCAGCAUUUGUAGUUUACUGUUUGUCUGUUGGUCAAUAUAUCUGCCUAGCUGCCUCAUUCUGUCUCAAUCAAAAUUAGUUUUUAUGUUGGAAU